CAAGAGCUAAAAUUGGGCUUCGAAACACAAAAAACAACACAAAAAAAUACAAUAACACUUAGACAACUGAAUUCUAUCGACUGCUGACAAUGCGAACAUUCUGAGUCGUAUCACUAUCGUCAUUGUAAGACUUAAAAAUUCAGACCAUCAUAACUUUGGAACCAGUAUGUCUGCGUAUAAAAGCCAUUGACUUUUACCAAGCUCGGUAGUGGUAUUAACCCCGUAAUGCAGGGAAAAGGAGAAAUUAAUGCAGUCUUGAGGGCAUUUUUUUGUGAACACUUGAUGCUCUAGAUGGAAGGGUGUGGCUGCGGCUUUCCCCCAAACACCACAUCAAUAUUAGCAGGACAAUGGGGGUGAAGUGAUGGCGGAUGUUGCUCGACCACCUGAGGGCAGCAGAGAGUCGUGUCAGCGACUCGCCGUGUUAAGGCAUCCAGUCGGAACGAGGUGUCUUUGUCUCGGCUGUAGAGACACUGGUACAGAUUUUCACAACCCUCUUUUAAGAAGACUGCGAUGGAGCAAUGCAGGGAAGAAUUUACCGAAGAUCUCUACAGUAAUGAUUUGUAGCACAAGACGAUCGGGAUGAACCGGUAACUAAGUGAGACAUGGGGGGCAGGUGAUUUUUUUUUCUGGUUUCUCUAAAGGAGACAGCGGGGGCAAAAAAAAAAAAGCGUGUGAUGGAGGGAGGGACGGAGAGAAGGAGGGAGGGGGACGCGAAGCUUGAAACAAUGAAACGCAGGGUGUCGGAUGCAGGCUGCGCGAUGAACGUGGAGGACGACGCAAUCUUUUUGGAGAGCAGACGCGUUUAUCAGUCGUAAUGGCGCGGGGACGUAAGUAAAAACGGCAGCGCGGUCGAUCUCUCUGUCUCUCUGUUCAUCUGUCCGUCCGUCCGCCUGUCGGUCCAUGACAGGGGGCAUGAUGGGGUGUUUGCGGUUCCACCGGAGUAAGUCGGUCUUGGCCGCCGUCUGUGUGCUCGUGCUCUGCUGGCUCUACAUCUUCCCCGUAUACAGGAUGCCGAACGAUAAGGACAUCGUGGAAGAAGUGCUGCACCAGGGCCAGACGUGGACCAAAAACAAGACUGGCAUCGACCUGUACAGGAAGCUGCUAACUGAAUGCUGUGACCCAAAGAGGACUUUUGCUUUGACUAAGGAGAAUUCACAGAUCGGCAAAGUCCUGUGGUAUGAUGGAGAGCUCUACCACUACCAUACAGUCAACAACGACACCUACCCAUUAUUCGUACAGGAUAUUCCCUUUCAAAUGCCACUGAAGAAGUGCGUGGUGGUGGGGAACGGAGGAGUUCUGAAGAACAGCCGCUGUGGCAAAGAAAUCGACCAGGCUGAUUUCGUAAUGAGAUGUAACCUGCCCCCACUGUCCAAAAAAUAUACCGAUGAUGUAGGCAGGAAGACCCAGCUGGUGACAGCUAAUCCCAGUAUUAUUGAGAAGAGCUUCCAGAGCCUGCUUUGGUCUCGCAAAGCUUUUGUGGAAAGCAUGAAAGCUUACGGCUCCAGCUACAUCUACAUGCCUGCCUUCUCCAUGAAGCCGGGCACGGACUUGUCCCUGCGUGCCUACCAUGCCCUGGCUGAUUCGGCGUCCAACCAGACCGUGCUGUUCGCCAACCCUGACUUCCUAAAGAAAGUGGGCCGCUUCUGGAAGCAUCGUGGCGUACACGGCCGACGUCUUUCCACGGGCCUCUUCUUGGUGAGCCUGGCUCUGGGAGUGUGUGAGGAAGUCACAGCUUUCGGCUUCUGGCCAUUUGCUCUUGGCCUCGACCAGCAACCUGUCAGUCAUCACUAUUAUGACAAUGUGCUGCCUUCGUCUAGGUUCCACGCAAUGCCCGAGGAGUUCCUGCAGCUCUGGCAUCUUCACAAGAGCGGUACCCUGAGAUUGCACCUGGGCACCUGCGCUUAAUAAAAAACUAUCACAUGUAGGAAAAAGGUCAAUCUGUUUUGCCAGCUUCACCCAUUCUUCAAAUUAGCAUGAGAAGAAAAGAGUGGCUGCAGCCCCUCCUCUUUUCCAAAACACACCGAACUGAUUCCACCCCUAGUGCUUGAUCCCUGAGAGUAGACAUUCAAUACCCCCCACCUAACACACAGAGGUAUUCACACACACAGACAGUCACCCACACACUUUCUUUUUGGUUGCCAAGGGACUGUCUCAGACCUGCCAAGAGCGGUGUGAGUGUGUUGGAUGGGAUAGAAGCGUGGGUUGGUAUAAAGCCGUAGCUGCAUUUACAGCAGCUGUUCUCCUAGACAUUUUUUUGCUUUUGUUCUGGAUACAAAAACGAGCGCAUUCUGAGGUGUGCAUGGAACAGGUUAUUUAAGAAAUUUUAACUGCCCUCUGAAAUAAGGAGAUGACAAGAGAUCAGAAGGAUUUUUGCCAAAACACGACAUAUUGUCAUGGCCAAUGAGUAAGUGGGACCUGAUGAGGGCAAAACGUUUAAAAACAUUCUAUUGUUUUCCUGCUUUUUAGUUGCAACAUUCUGUGAACAAAUAAUUUUUAGUUAUAAAUCAAGUUUCUGUUUUGUUUUUUUCUUUUGUGUGAUAUAUAUAACCUUAAAGCUGAGGUCCUUACCUUCUCAAGAGAGGAAAUGUGAACAUUUUGGGUGUGAAAUGAAUGUAUUAUCAAUGCAUUCAUUGCUUAAUCCAAUCUAUCAGGUGUUUUUGCAAUGCUUUGUUUGGAUCAGAGAUUUCUGGUCAUGGCAUUGUGUGUUUCAGUGGUCAAAAAAAUUUGGUUACAAAAGCUUUGUACAUGCGUCAGGUACGUUCAGUUUACCGUCAAAAAAACAAUGUGAAAAUGUCCGGCAUCAUCUGCUUCAUUAUCGCAUCGGUCAAAGUCAAUUUUUUUGGUGAUAACAAAGGAUUUUUUAAGCAUUCACAGUGGAGGUGAUGUGUUUUCUAUGACCUGCAGUCGCUACUAUCUUUUUUCUUGCUUUGAUAUUACAACUCAUUUUCUAUGAUAAAAAAAAUGCUGUUGGUUUAAGGAUCGAACUUGUCGUUGGUACUACUGGGGCACAAUCGCUGCCAGCAACUUCUCAGGUGCUGGACACCUGGUCAUCGAUUGCAGUCUGUACAUAAAUGUAACGAUUUCCUCUGAAUGUAAAGCAUUUCGGGCCGUCCUUUUAGUCAAGUUAGUGGUUCUUAGUUCUAUUCUACUUGUCAAAACUGCAUUUAAUACAGCUUUGUUAUCUCAUAACUAAAGAAAACAGUCACUUUGUAGGUCUCGUAGGUGCAAAGUUUUGAUAUAUCACCUAUUACUGGCUUUUAAAACCGUUCGACAUGCGUAAUAUUACUCAUCAAUAUCAUGGUCCCAAGGAUUAACAAUGCAAAGAUUGAAAUGCAUACGUACUCAUGAAUGCUUCGGGUUUGCUCAAGGCCAGGCAUGUUUUCAUACUCACUGUCUCUAUUCCAUCUGUUCACAUUCCUUGUGAGGUCGAGUGCCUUUUAAAUGUGCAAGGGAGGAAAAAAGAAAAAAAAAAGAGACACCAGCAGCAGUAGAUACUCUUGCCUUCACUUUUUUUUUGUUCCUUGCCAGCAGUUUUUUCAUAUUAAUAAUGUUACUGGAUUUUUGCAUUCAUUCCAGAUGAAACUUAAAAUUAAACAAUGGGUGUUUCAAGGAGCCUGCAGCUGGUUACAAAUGGACAAAGUUGAGAGUCCGCCUUGUCGUUACUUAAUUGCUAUUUGAAGGCAUGCCUUGUAAAUCUGUAACUGGAAGGAAGAUUAGUAAAGACACUGGGCAUUCAAAUUGAUGUUAUUUGCACCUUUCUCCUGUUCAGUAUUGUGAAUGAGUGAGACUAUUGCUUGUAUAGCAGUUUGCAUGACUGUGGUAUGUGUAUUUGAUUAGGAAAACAAUUUUAAGUGAAGGAUGUUUUUUUUUUCUUAACGAUUAUAGAUUUAUUAUAGGAUUUCUGCCCCUUUUUGCAUUCUGAGCCAUGUUAAGAUGUCUACCCAAAGUGUAACAGCGCUUACCUCAGCCAUUUGUUCUCACUGGCAAUCCCCAAGGAUACAAUGUGGAAUACUUAUCGAUUCGGGCCAGAAUUUCUUUUGAAACAAGGCUCCUUUUACUGUUAUAAUUGUUGACUAGUUUAAAUAAUUUGCCUUUUCAUUUCUGGCUUGGAAACAAAACUAAUGUAUGUCGAAGAUUUGAAAUAGAGGAAAUGCAAACGCUGAAACUGAAAAACAGUCAGAUCUUCUAUGUUUGAGCAUGUCAUACUGAGGACAGAACAGCUUGCACUGAACAUUUUUGUGACAGCUGGGUUAUGGAAAGUGGGAAGAGCAAAUUAAGCUGUGUUUAAAAUGUUGGGAAAGAUUGUGAAAAGAUUUAAUAAAGCAACCCUGUUUCAACUGUC